GUAAACAGAAGUGAAAAGAAGACACGCGAUGGAAAGCGUAAAUAUUUACAUUUCUUGAGUGUUUGUGAGAAUAAUUUUUAUUUAUAAUAUCAUGAUAGACGGAAACAUUUCUAUGGAGGAGGAUACAGAAUUACGGGAUUUGGUGGUGCAAACCCUUGAAAACAAUGGUGUUCUUGCAAAAGUGCGGGCAGAACUCAGGGCAAGUGUGUUCUUAGCUUUAGAAGAACAAGAAUCUGUAAUGAAUCCGGAACCACUUCUAAAUAAAACUGUAAAGCAGUACCUGGCUAAUUCAGAAGGAAAAUUAUUGUUUUCCUUGGUUAGGGAGUUCCUAGAAUAUUUUGGUCUUGAUUAUACAAUAUCAGUAUAUGAUCCCGAAACUUACUUUGGGAAGGAAUAUAAUUAUGUUGGGAGAAAUAAAUUAUGCGAAGAAUUAGGUAUUGAAUCCAACGAACCAUUGCUUGGAGAAAUAUUAAAAAACAGUAUGAACAGUGCCUUUAAUAAUACACAAAAGAAUGAAAUUGACAGAAAUGUUAGUAAAACUGACGAACCAACAACAAAUGCUGCUAACACAACAUUUGAAAUUUCCAUCCCAAAAGUAUUAAAUAUUGAGACAACAUCGUUGUCGAAUGAUAAUGAUAUGUCAGAUAAAUUAGAAAGUUCCUCGCAACAGAGUCCAAAACUACCGAUAAAUGUGACGGUAACAGAUAGAAAAGAUAAGGACGCGUCUGUUCAUAUUUCAACGAAUGAAUUGAAUUGCGAAAAACAAAAUGAUCCUCUCAGGAAUAAUACGACUUCGGAUUACAAUAAAAAGAAUAAUGGAAUUGAUAGCAAGGGGAACAAUAGUAUGAAUUUUGAUACACUCCCUACAAGUCCAAAUGGCACAAGUAAAGUGAUGAACUAUACAACAAAAGAGACUGAGAUAGAUACACCCAUCCAAACAAAUUUACUAAAUAAAACCGAGCCUUUAAUUAAGUUUGACGAAUCUAUAGUUACAGAAAUGCAAACAAAUCAAAAUGAUAUAAGCGUGCAAAAUAAUAUAAAUAGUUUGGAAUUACAUAUAGCGAAUAAUGUACAAAACAAAAAGCCAGUUAGCGCUGGUAACAAUUAUGGGAAAACUGUAUACUUUGAUGAAAUUAUUGUUGACGGUAAAAGAGAGAAUAUUAAUGAUAUACGUAAUACUCAAACUUUUUUAGAAGAUUUACCACCUUUAGAUAAAAAAUCACAAUCUAUACUUAGUGAUCUCCCGCCGCUUAAUGGUAAAACAACUGAUAUCAAUGAUUUGAAGGAACUGAUGGAUAUUGGGCUUGGAACUGACGGAACAGAUAAUUACGAGGAAGAUUUUGUAUCAUCAGCAUCUGGUAGUGCUUAUGAUCAAAGUCCUACCAAGGAUCCUACAAAAAUGGAUAGUCCAAUAAAGCUAGAAACUAAAAAGCACGAAAAAGUUUCCAGUGCUCAUAGCGAGGAUAUAAGCGAAGAAAUUGAAGAUAUGGACGAUAUACUUAGCAGUACAUCAUGUCUUGAAGAUAUAAAUAUGGAUAAAAAUAUAUCAAAUUUUGCGACGGGUAUUACAGCAAAUUAUGCGAAGGAAUUAUAAUUACGAAUUCUAUUACUGAAUUGCUUUAAAAUAUUUGAAAAUGUUAUUUCGUUCAUAACAUUGAUGAUAGUUGAUAUCCUAUGUCAGGGCGUCAAGUAUAUUAAUGCAAAUUUCUAUGGAUUUAUGAAUUUGCGAACUUAUUUUGGUUUCUGAAGUGACACUGCCAUUUAUGGCUCAAUAUUUAUAAGUUCUCCCACAAAAAACGUAGAAGGAAAAUGUCUGAUAUUAAAUGCACGUUUUAUAAAGAUUUAGUACUUUGCACGAAUUUCUUGUAAGACAAACCGUAUUUUUAUAAAUCAUUAAUUUUAAUUUUAGCGGUAUUUAAAUAAGUAUUCUAUGGAAUUUAUAUUGAUCACACCAUAAGGAAAGAAAUCAAAUAUUAGAGGAACUAAACUGAAACUGCCAUCGCUCUCUGUUAUCACUAUUACUGUAAUAAAGUGUUAAAUUAUAUUUUUUCUAAUUGAUGAUGUUAAAAGUAAGGAUUAAAUAAAAGUUCCAACAAGUGUCUAUACGAAAUACAAAUUGUACACAUAAUGUUACUACAAUUUUUUAAUGUAGUAGAUAGCAGCCAAUUAGAAGUUCUUAAAUUACAUUGAUAUGAGAAAUGACAGAAUAUAUUUAAGGAAGAAUACCACUGUGACUGCAGUAAAAACUAUUUUUAAGAAUUUUUUUAAUCAAAUUAAAUCUUUCAAUUUCGUUACAUUAUACUGUUGAUCGAAUGAAAGCUAAUAGAACCUUUAAUUGCACACACCCAGACAAACUACCUUCUACGUUGUUCUGUGUAAAUAUAUAUAGUAUUAUUACUCUUAAAGCUUAUCUCAAUGUUAAAAUAUUUAAUGAAAACAAAAAAAUGAGAAGUAAUCAGUUACAUUAAUGGUUGUUAAAUACUUAGUUAUGUCUUUCUAAACGAAAAUUUGUAACGAUUUUGUUGUGUUUACCAGAAUAACUCUCUUGAGUCUGAUUUUAUGACAGAACCGUCAUUAAUUACCUCAUUUAAUUAAAGUUACUGAUAUAGUAUUGAUAGCAAUAUCGGUAAAUCAUCCGUCUAAAAGUGGAUUGCCUAAAAAAACUACAUCAAAUUAUUUUUCUUUGACGAUAAUGGUGCUAAAUGCAUAAAACUAAAAGUAUCUAUUAAAAAGUUGAAGUUGAGACGUUCAAUAAAAGAUUAGGUGCUUAUAUGUUUUCUCGCAUCCAUCAAUCAUAACAUUUAAAUGAUAUUUAAAAAAGGAAAUUAUAGAUUAAGGCUUUCAACUUUUUGGGCAAUCCAAUACCUUUACAAACAUAUUGGUAUAAGUAUACUAUGCCCUAAAUAAGAUGCAAUAACUAAGUACAAUUCAUAAUGGAUCAACUGGAUGCUUGACAAAUCAAAAUCCUGUUUGUGCAGCCUGCUUCCUUCACGAAAUUUUUAGUAGCACACAAUUAAUCAUCAAUAGUAACUAUUGUAAAUGAUUCAAACAAAGCGAUUUCAUACGGUUAAUGUAUUUAAAAAACUCUAUUUGCACAACGUCAACUUUAUUUAUGUUAUCAUUAAAAUAAUAUUGUACCGUACUGCAUUAUGCACUAGAUACGUUAGAGCACUGGAAUCUCAACUAUAAUUUCAUUUUAGAUAUACUAUUCGUACUGUAACACAAUUACUCAAUAUUAUUGAAGGAUCAUUUCUUAUCUUUGCUACU